AUGGAUCUACUCGUCAGGUAUGUGCCACAGGAGGCAAAUAAGUGGACCGUGACACGCGCCAUCGCGAAGGUCCUCCACUCCGACGACUUUGCGCCCGUCGUCGAGGGCAGGCGCAUCAACUUCCGCGUCAAGCUCAACGAGAAUCCCGCAGGGGGACUCCGCAACGAUGGAACGGGCACCCUCACCUUGCCCACCGAGCAAAUCGGCCACAAGUUCCUCAACUACGUGCACAAAGACCCCAUAAAGAUGGACAAGAACAAGCUCAAGUUUCGCAAAGACUCCAGACCGUCGCCCCACCACCUCGCCGAGACGCUCCGAAAGACCCCAUACGUCGACCCUGAUAUCGAGGAGGACCGGCAGAACAUCAACGAGAAGCUUGACAAAAAGCUUCGUGUCGACGUCGUACAGUUUGGGGUCCUCUAUCGAGCUACGUACCCUCGCUCAGAGAAGGAGCCCCUUCAACCCCGUUCCUUCUCCAUUGAGUGGCAACGCGAGUAUGUGAAAGAUAGUCUUGGACAAUUAGAGUUCGAGUACGACCACAAACUCAUUCGAAUCACGCUCGGAAGCGAGUUGACGGAACAGGAGGGGUCUUCGAUUGCCAUUAAUUUUGGGAGCAUCCAGAAGAUCGCUGUUGGAUAUGAUGGGAAACCAUACAUUAUUUUCGACACCCUUACACCCCCUGUCAUUGAAUGGAUUCGCUUUCAUCGCACUAUGACCGGAGAUCGCGAACAAGACUACCGAAAAUUCAAGCAAAGAAUUGGCGCUAUAGACGAGGGCCACCACAUUGUGGCUCCUUACGCUCCUCAUCUCCGCCUCCUCCUUUACAAUGAUCCAGAUAACGAUGUCAUUCAGCAGUUUAUGUAUCUGUGCGACGUUGCAGGCCUUUCAAACAGUAUCAUCUUUCGGUGUCAAGGUCCUACGGAAAUUGAGGCGGAGAAGAAAGGCUUCUUCCAGUCGAAGCGGCUCUACCUCCUUCACAAGACUCUUGCUGCGUUUGAAUGGCCCGUCGCUUUUCAGCUCGAGUCUCUUCUCCACAACGGGCUCCUUCACACAGAUGAUAUCGACAGCCUCCUCCCCAAGAUCCGCGAACUUCGUAAGAAGAAGAGCCCUGCGUUUAUUGGUCAGCUGCUGAGGCAAUUCAAUGAAACCCUUCAAGAUCGCCCUCCGCGGGAGAGUCCCAUGGCCUGUUUUGAGAGAGUUCUCUCAAAAUUCGAAUGGUCACCUCCUCGAGGUGUCUUCCGUUGCUGCCAUGUUACCUUCACGCCCUCCCGCAUGAUCUUGGAAGGCCCUUACGCAACUCAGUCGAAUCGUGUCAUCCGGGAAUACGAAGGCUACGAGGACCAUUUCAUCCGUGUUGAUUUUCGAGACGAGGACCGUCUCCAAUACCGCUGGGACCGUGAGGUUGACGGGGAAUCCUUCCUCAAAGCUCGUGUUGGUGGCACCCUCAAGGGUGGGUUCGAGUUGGCUGGUCGCCCCUUCGAAUUCCUUGCAUAUUCGUCCUCUGCCCUCCGCGAGCAUUCCGUCUGGUUUAUGAACCCUUUCAGUCACCCUCAAAAGGGCCAAGUUACUGCUGCGUCGAUCCGGGACUCCCUUGGAAAGUUCAGAGAUACGGAGCUCUUGAGGUGUCCAUCCAAGUACGCUGCCCGUUUGGCACAGGCAUUCACAGCGACAGAUCCUUCUGUUGAGAUUCUCCCACACGAGUGGAAUGAGAUGGAAGAUCUCAAAUGCGGGAAAUACAUGUUCACCGAUGGCGUUGGCACAAUAUCAAAGGCGCUUGGCAGCAGAAUCUGGAAAGAACUUAGCAAAGACAAACGCCACUCGCACCUUCUCGAGCCAUCCGCGUAUCAAAUUCGCUUUCUGGGAUACAAAGGCGUGGUAGCCAUUGAUGAACAACUCGACAAACAGCUAGAUAAAAACGGCAAUGGUAUCCAUAUGAGAUUGAGGGAAUCCAUGAGAAAGUUUGAAACCGAGAAAGAUCAACCUGCGCCUCUUGAGAUUGCUCAGGCAUUCCAGUACCCAAACACCUGCUAUUUAAAUCGACCAUUGGUAAUGCUGCUGGAAGAUGUUGGUGUUCGCAGAGAAUCUCUCCAAGACCUUCAGGACAAAGCUGUCGAAGCCGCACGCACGAUUGACGAUGACAUAGAGAGCUUCUAUAAGGUCAUUGCGGACCAUGGUCUGGGUCCUUCAUACAGGCUACGAGAUCUAUUGGCGCGGCUCAAAGACAAGUACAACAUGGACAUUACUCCGAAGAAUGGGAAGUCAAUUCUCAUAGACACUCCUUUUUUGCGGCAAGUCCGGCAAGUUGCAAUGACGGAGAUUUUACGGGACAUCAAGCACAGCGCUAGGAUACCUGUGCCAGAAAGUUAUUUGCUUGUUGGAAUCGCCGACGAGGGCCCUGCCUAUGAAGCAGAAGGACACAAAGAUGUUUUCUGCUUGAACGAGUCAGAAAUCUACGUCUGCAUUGAGGAUCGAAAAGGAGAAACCAAGUGGCUCGAAGGAAACUGCAGUAUCUCAAGAAGCCCAGUUGUUCAUCCAGGAGACGUUCAACGAGUGCGUGCUGUGGGCAAGCCACCAGAUGACAAGCUCUGCUUGUUUAGAAACAUCAAGAACGUGGUUGUGAUGCCUUCCAAAGGUUCCCGCUCUCUACCAUCUUGUCUAGGCGGGGGAGACGUUGAUGGGGAUCUAUUCUCCGUCAUCUGUUAUGAUGCGCUGCUUCCAACAUCCCUCGAAGAGGCAGCCAGCUACGACUCUGUGGGGACAUAUAAACUGGAUAGGGACAGUACUGUCGAAGACAUCUGCGACUUCGUAGUGCAGUACAUCAAUUCAGAUGUUCUGGGUCUUUUAUCAGACAGGCUCCUGACAAUUGCUGACCAAUCAAGCGAGGGCAUGCGCGACAAAAAUUGCAUAUGGCUGGCAGAACUCUGCUCCCAAGCGGUGGACUAUCCAAAACAAGGCAUACCAGUAGAUAUAGACAACAACAGGCUUCCGGGGACCCUCAUUCGCUGCAAGCCAGAUUGGCACGCUGCUGAAGUAGUGUCCCCUCGCAAGACGGAUUACUACGAGUCCAGCCGAGCGUUGGGUUUCUUAUUCCGGUCAAUCCAGCUCGCCGACCCUGUCCCCUCUGAGCAGCAAUUGCCCGUAGUUUCUCCUAUGACUAACCCCAUCUCAGCAGCUCUUCUCGAAGAUGUGCAACUAUACCUAGGGGAGUCUGCCUUCUCAGAAAGCUUCCCCCCUGAGGUGCUGAAAACCUUCCGGCGAUACUGUGACGAACUUCGAUACAUUUGCGCGACACACACCCUGUCAAAUACUCCAGGUAUACGACUUCUUGAAGCCGAGAUCGUUGCUGGGACAAUUUUGGCAAAAUGCUCCCAGAAGCGUUGGAGAAAAGACCGUAUCUAUCGGAUGAAGCUUCAUUCCGCUGAAUUGGUAAAGGAUGUCCAGAAAGCUCUUCUGGAGGAUGUGGAUGUAACAUCUGUCGAGGAGGUGAUUCGCGGGCUUGACCUUGCCUGGAGGGCUUGGGAUCUGAGCCUUCGUCGCCGGAAUGAAUUUGGAGCAGAUAGUUUUGGAUUAAUUGCCCUGAACACUGUUUUUGAAUGCCUGGAUCACCUUUCCAAAUUAACUUGA